AUGAAGUUCAUUACACUUAGCAACAUUUCCCUCCUCCUGUUGGGUUCCGCCGUUGCCGAACCUAUCGUUUAUAUGAUCCGUCACGGCGAGAAGCCUGCGGAUGGCAGUAAUGGCCUCAGUGCUGAGGGCGAGGAGCGUGCUCAAUGCUUAACCACUGUCUUUGGCCCGAGCUCUUCUUACAAUAUUGGCUACAUUUUGGCCGAGCAGCCCCAGUCUGAUGGCUCCCGUGCACGUCCCUACGAAACCGUUGAGCCUCUCGCUGAAGAACUCGGUCUCACUGUCGAUACCUCUUGCAACAAGACGGACGAGAAAUGUGUCAAGAAAGCCGUCGAGGCCUACGAUGGAGACGGCAACAUUUUGAUUUGCUGGGAGCACAAUGAAUUAACCCUAAUUGCGGAGAAGUUGGGUGUUCUUAAUGCACCAGACUACCCUGAUAAUGACUUUGGUCAAAUCUGGACCCUUCCUUAUCCUUGGGAUACUAUCACCGAUUUCACUGAUGAGAACUGCCCGGGCCUUGGCCAGUAA